CUGACGUUUCUUCUGAGGUGGAGGAAUGCCAAAAAAGUUGCUUAAUGUCUGUUGUUUUUUGGACAUCUCUCACAGUAUUACAGUUAGUCGAUCUAAGACGAUGACAGUGCAUUUACAAUUAUUAUUACGCAAAUGAGUGGUCUAAGCUAGUUAACCCCACACCUGUACACCCCUGAUUCUUCUUCUUGUUGUUGUUAUUGUUGUUGUUGUUGUUGUUGUUGUUACACCUAUAGCCCCCUUGGCACCACCACUGGAGAAACUGGUUCAUCUUGAUUUAUACACACAUUUCAUUUUUCAACCCUUUUCAACAAUCAGUAUAUAUUCAUUAUUAAUCAUUCAUCACCAACCAAAAGCUACGAAACUAUACAAUUAAUACUGAUUCAGUGCCACAUUGCUGUCCCGGACUGGUGAGCGAAUCAGAACGAAUCGUUUAACCGAGUCGUUUAACGACUCAAAUGAUUCAAAUACGUAAUCUCUAACGAAGACAGUCAUUUAAAUGUUACAAAAUUGCGUUAGCCCUCAUCUAGAUGCACAGUAGGUGUGUGUGCCAGUUUCACCCUGAUUGAGAUGUAUUUAUAAAAGUAUUUAUUUACUCCAAGCUUUUGUGGUGAAUAUGUUUAGUGUUAGCACCGUGUAUAGUGAAAUAACGACAGUGUAUAUUUAUUUAUAUUGACAUAGUGAUAUGCAGAAAAGUACCCAGGCACAUUUGGGGUAAAUUUAAUCGAUUUGAGACCCCAGGGAGGGGUUUCAGCUGGCCCUCUAUACAGUGUUUAUGUGUCAAGGAGGAAAAGUCUCUGGCGCUGUUUGUUUUUUUUCCCGCAGGUAGCAGCUAACGGAAGCGGAAAUUAUCCCUGGAUUCGGGGAGUCUCAGCUUCUAGUCGUCCCCGCCAACCAUCCAUCCACCCGUCCAUCCAUCCACCUUCUCAAAGAAUUGUAGGUAAAACACCAGGUACCAUGACCCAGUCAAUGAUUCGUAGAACCCUUAAGAAUCUCGUUCAGAAUUUCUCUGAGGCUGAGGUGAAGGUGAGAGAGGCGACCUCUAAUGACCCCUGGGGGCCGUCCAGCUCACAGAUGGCGGACAUCUCAGAUCUGACCUACAACGUGGUGGCGUGCAACGAAAUUAUGGCAAUGUUGUGGAAGCGCCUAAACGAUGACAAAAACUGGAGACAUGUAUACAAGUCUUUAACGCUACUAGAGUAUCUCCUGAAAACCGGUUCUGACCGCAUUCCAAAGCAGACUCAGGAGAACAUUCAUGUUAUUAAACCUCUAAUAGAGUAUCGCUUUACGGACAAGGACGGGAAAGACCAGGGUGUGAAUGUCAGGGAGAAAGCCAAGAUAGUGAUGCUACUUAUACAAGAUGAGGAGAAACGUAAAGAAGAAAGGGAGUUUGCCAUGAAGACUAAGGACAAACUGGCAACUGCCUCCUCAGAGGCCAGUGACAAAGUAAAGACUGAGAUUCCUCCGUAUACGGGGCUGCCAUCUUUAGACAACAUCCCCUCAGUGGCAGAUUUGACAGCCAGCAUGGCAAAGAAAAGAGAAGAGAAGAGGAUACUAGAGGAAAAGAAGAAAGAGGAAGAGAGACGUGCAAAGGAAGGCGACACAGAGCCUGACCUGUGGGAACAAGCAGCAACAGCAGCACCUCCUGCCAGCUCCGAUCCCUGGGGAGCUCCAGCUGAUGCUCCAGAAGCCGUAGGUCCUACUAUGAAUGACCCGUGGGGCACAGCAACAAAUGACACCCAAGAUUCAAAUAUGGGUUCCAGUGAUCCUUGGGGUGAGUCGGCGGAUAAAGUGAAAGACACUGCUAAUCCUUCCAGCGAUCCAUGGGGUGAUUUACCAGAUGAGAAGACAUCACCUCCUGCCAAAAAUUGUCCAUGGGGUGACUCAUCAGACCCUACAGAAGACAAAGGUUCAGCUACUAAUGACCCCUGGGGCAUGUCAAAUGACUUGUUAGCAAAUUCACAGCCAACAAAGACAGAUCUUUGGGGUGCAGUUUCUGCAGAGGAGUCUGCUUCUACAGCGUCAGACCCCUGGGAGCCACCGUCAAAGCCACCUAUGGCUAAGUCAGAUCCAUGGGGUGGGGACAAUGGAACUUCAGCUGUGUCACCCACUGAUCCAUUUAGUGAAGGGCCCAAAGCUGAUAAGGACCCAUGGGGCACAUUAGCCUCUUCACCACUUCCAACUAAUGAUCCCUGGGGUGCUCCAGCAGCUCUCACUGAUGCAUCAGCAAAUGCUGACCCCUUUGGUGAUGGAGGAAACUCAGAUACUUGGGGGGCUCCUGCAGAGAGUGACGUAUCCUUAUCUGUGCCCACUGAAGACUCCAAAAAGCCAUCUAGUUUCUUGGGGGAAGGAGCCUCAUUGGUGGAUCUCGACUCUCUCAUGUCGAGAGGGAAUUAAAUUACCCAAGUGUCUACUUUGGGCCCUUCAGAUUUAAUAAUGUUUUGUGGAUAGAUGUUAUCACUGUAGGUGUAACUGUCCUCUUCUUCCCUUCCGUUUUCAUUUCUCCCAUUUCUCUGCUUUCUGUUUUCGUUUCUUUCUCUCCGCUUCCUCCCAUCUUGCCCUUUUUGCUUUGUAUUAAACCAACGUCCCAUGGUUGCACCAUAUCAAAUGGCAACGUUGGGGUGUUUUUCCAUUUUCCAUCUGAAAUGUUGUUUUUUAUUUUAUUUAUUUACCCCUGUGACGGUCUUCUUUGAUCUUCUCUUGCAUGCUUAAACCCAUCAGAUCACCUUCUUUAGUUUGCUCCUGCAUAAAAAAGGAUAUACAGAAUGGUACAACCCAGCACUAUGGACGCCUUAAUGGGGAAAUGCCAGUGUUAUCACCUGGAGAGUUCUCUAGGAGUCUCCACAUAGUUUGGGGGACUAGAACGGUGAAAUCUGUAAGGGGAUAUUUAAUUUUUUUCUUUUUUUUUUUAGUUUUCCACUCAUCCAUAGACAUCUAACUUUCACGCAUUACCUUACUUAAUUCCAGCUUAGAGCCAACUGAGUCUGUGUAUAUGUGACAAUAUUUAAAAUCAAUAAGCAGCAAUAUGCUUUACGUAUAGCCUUGUUUUCCCACUGUGGUAGUGUGGAAAUUAUGAAACUUGGUUUACUCUUCUUGGGCUUUCUCAUUUAGUGUUCUUUUAUGGCAUUAGUGACAUAUCUGACAAGUACAGUUGCAAGUUUUAGCAUAAAUAUUGGUUUGUUUGUUUUUAUUUAUAGGGAUAAAUUUUUAUAAUUUAAUCUGGUGAGACUUUGGCUCAUUGAAAGCUAAAACACCUGAAUCCAUGAAGCCCUGAUUAACUUUCACUCUAGAGGCAUAGAUUAAAUCUCUCCAUCACCACAGUGGACUUGUGUCAUAGGAGGUCAUCGAUGUAUCAGUAUAUAUCGAUACUCGAUAUAUCAGACAGUAUAUAGAAGGGUAUUCACUAGAGGUCGACUGAUAACUUGGAUUUUACGGAUCAGGUUAUACAGGAUCUGUAAAAUGGGCGGUACCUGCCGAUAACCGAUUAAUCAACCGAUAGUUUUUAAAAUUGAUACUGAAUGAAAACAUAACAAUCAAAAUAUUGCUGAAGUUUAUUACAAAAAGAAACAGUACUGACUACCAUGAAAAUGUACUGAACUUUUUUAAAUGAAAUAAAUAUAUAAAUAUUAAUAUAUUAACUAUUAAUACAUAUUAAAGUAAAUAUAAGAUAUAUAUCCAAACUGAACCAAAAAGUAACACUCCAAAUAACAAAUAAAAAUAGAGACACAAAAUCACUUCAAAUAACACAACAAAAUUAGUCAGCGAUUGUUUUUAUUUCGCCUCUAGAGGCCGCUCUUGUAGUGUAUAAUGACAGCGGACCCUUCUCAGCUGCUCGGCAACGGACACAACCAGGAAACACUAUCGAUGUGGGUUUUUGACGAUAAGCCAAUAGUUACAGCAAUCCGUGAUCGGUGACGAUUAAUCGGCAAAACCAAUCAAUCCGUUGACAUCUAAUACGCACAGAGAAUUUUAGUGGAAAGUUCAAUGCUAUACUUUCAUAGAAGUUAUCUUCGCUCACCCACAUGGCCCCAAUGUUCCUCAUCAAGUCCAGCGUGAAAUCGGGAGCUUGUUGUACAAGGUUAACUAAAUGUUUUUCAACACCUAUGUGACAUUCUAUAUCCAAAAUAGGACGCAACAAAAAAAAAUAUACUCUGAAGACAGUGUCAAAGUUUCAGCGAUGCUUCUACAUGGCACAGAAAGUAAGAGUAUGAAAGCAGUUGAAACACUUCAUCUGUUAAGUUAGAAGAAUUUACUGUUUCUAAGCAGUUGUGUAUUUAUAUACAUGUAUAUUCUAGUCUGAUUUUGGAAACUCGAAUAUUUAUGGAAAAUCAAAGUGUUACAGAAUUCAUUACCUGUCUAUAUAGGAAUUCUUUCUUAAUAACUGCCCUUUUACAACAUAAAAUAAUCUGGAUUUUUUUUCUCCCUUUAAUCCUUGCCAGAGCCACACUAAACCAUCGUCAUAUGUUUUAGAGUCAACUGUAAGUUGUAAGCCACACAGUUUUGACAACACGUUUAUACUGUUGAACUGGUAUUAAAAAGAAAGUUGAGUUGACGUUCUCAAAACUUGACGCAAGAUUCCCGCAGUAUUGAUUUCUCCUAUGUAAACGUUGCACUGUCGACAGCUGAUGCCAUGCUAAAGCUGUUUGCUUUUCACCCUACACCCAGGCUGGUAGCCUCACUACUUUAUAUAUCAAGUGCUUUAUAAUCAGUUAAACUGUUUUGAUAGAGCUGUAUAGUAACACUGAUCAACACAAUUUUUAUUUCUUAAUCUGCCCAAUAUGCAUUUUAAUCCAAGAGAUUAUAUAUCUGUCUGUUCUUGUCUAUUAGGGAGAAACCAAACAAAUGAAACCAAAUUGUUUGAGAACAGAUUUGUCAGGCCGUUUCCUGUUUUGUUUUUUCAGUUAGCUAUUUUUCAAAUGCAGGAGAUGUGACCUCAGCGAAGGAUUUACCUUAAUUUUCCAUUAAUUCAUCAAGAUUUCACCUGUUUUUGUAACACAGGGUGCCUUAUAUCCUGUGUAGGUUAUUAUGUUAACCAAAGUACAACUUACUGUCAACUGUAUGGCAGGUGUUUGGUAUAGCUAUCGAGUAAAUACACCUAGUAAAGUAGUCGAUCUUUAAACCUGCACAUUCUGCAUUGUGAUGUCUGAAUGAGCAACUCAUUCAUUUUCAAAUUUCAAAUUAGCAUUGAAUGACGUAUUCAAAUGUAAAAAAAAAAAAAAAUCCAUAUUUUGUCAUUGAGACAAGACAUUAUCUAUCUACAUUUAUUUAUUUAUUUAUUUAUUGUGCUUUUGUAUCUUAUCAUUAAUGCUGGACAUGCAGUAUAAUUUCAUUUCACUAUUAUGAAAGGAAAUCGGAAUGAUUGCUGUGCUGUGAACAUAAGUUGUAUUUUGGAUGGUGAAUGAAUCUAUUUAUUCUGUUGUGAGUGUUGUUAUCUUGUGAAUGUGUACCCUGGACAAAUAAAAUAAAGAAAGGUAUGAAUUCAGAUCUAAAUCUUUCCGCUCUGUAUUGUUUCUGUAGUUUCUAUCUACAGGGCCGUGCACAUGUAUUCACACCCUCUAUGUAAGGCGUUGUAUGUGCUGUGUUCUUCUGAGAUGUAAUAAUGUCAUCCCAGUGUUUAUGAUGGAAUAAAAUGGUUGCACUAUGAUCUCAAAGGGACAAUUCUCUUUUUAAAAGAGGUUUGCUUAUUGAGGAAAGGAUUCAGUCAAAAAGCACUGCUCAACUGGCAAGUGAUUUAAUAGGAACAGCGAGUAGAGUAAGUGACAUCUGCGUUUAGAUCUAAGGAUAAGACCGAUAUGUAGAGUUGGAAAUCGUGGGUGAAAGUGCACAUUUGUUGAUUAAGAGGCUCAUGCUUGUGAUAUGAAGGAAAAACUUGAGAGCAGCUGUGUGAUUCUCGGUAACCAAGAAUGUCAAUGCGGGAUGUCGGCAAGAACAGUAAGGUGGCCAAACACUUAGCUAAAACAACUUAUAUUGGUUUAUCCUUUAAUCCGUCACCUGUAUCUCUAUACAAUAUACAUGUGGUAUUUAAUCUUAUUUGGGUUGGGGGGAGCUUUUGUUCAUCUAAUACUUUCAUUGUAGAAAGUUAAUUGAGAAUAAACCAGAUUUAGGGAGUUGUGUUGCAGAGAUCUAUACUGAGUUGCCAGUUUAUUAGGUGUUAGAUAAGGAUCCUAAAAUUAGCAAUAGUGUAAUAUAAUAUAAUAAAGUAACAGUAAUGCUAAUUUGUUAUUAGUGAUGCACAUCAUAAACACAUAACUGUGCUUAUUUUACAAUAUAACGAUUAUAUUGUACUGUAAUGUACUAAAGACCAGUAUACAAAUCUAGUGGAAAACCUUUCCAGAAGAGUGGAGGUUAUAACAGUAAAGCCAUGGUUUUGAUAUGGACACAUAUGAGUGUGAUUGUCAGGUGUCCACACGGCCAUAAAGUGUAGUUUGCAUUUUAAGCAUAGGAUAACUGUAAAUGUAAGAAUUUGAUUACAUUUGCAUUUACAGAUGUACAUGCUACUGUCAUAUGUACUGCUUUUUUUUUCUUCUUUUUUUUUAUUUUUUUAUUAUUUAAAUGCUAUUCCACCAGAGACUGAGACCUGGUUGGAGGAAAAGCCAGAGGAAAAAGGAUGAUGCAGAAGAUGUAUCAGACGACAGCAGAAGGAACAGAUGGCCUUAAAGGAUGG